AUGAUCGCCGCCUCCCGCACUCUUGCUUCUCCUGUCCUCCGCCAGGCGGUCGCCCGCCGCGGCUUCUCGACCACCCGCGCCCAGCUGUCGUCGCCUUACCACUACCCUGAGGGUCCCCUUUCCAACAUUCCCUUCAACCCCCGCAAGAAGGGAUUCGCGAUCAAGUACUGGACUUACUGCACUGUUGGGUUUACUUUGCCUUUUGGUAUUGCCGUCUGGCAAACUUACCACCCUGCGAAGUAA